AAACGAAGUGGACAUCUCAACAACACAUUUCUUAUUGUUUACAGCGACCAUGGACCACGUGGUCAAAGUCAAACCUAUCAGUCAUUACUGGAAACGAAUUUACCUUUUCUUAGCAUCGUGCCGCCUUACCGUUUUCGGAAGUCAUAUCCAGAUGUUAUAAAUAAUAUGAAGAAAAACGCCAAUGUUUUGACAACACAUUUUGAUUUAUUUGCCACUUUAAAAGACAUUCUGUAUCGACAAUUUAAAGCGCCCUCUGUUGUCACUGUUCAUAACAAGCCACGCGGGAUCAGUCUCUUCCGGGAUAUUCACCAACAGAGAUCUUGUUCAGAAUCCAGUAUACCAGAACAAUAUUGUAUGUGCUAUAGAUUUCUGAAGAUGAACAUAGCACACAAUCAAGUGAUACAAAAAAUUGCUCAAUAUGUAGUGGACAAACUGAACCUGAUGAUGUCGAAUGAAAAAGGCUGUGCUCAUCUCCACGUGAAAGCCGUGCUAGAAGCUUAUGUUUUCGUACAGGGAAAACAAACAGAGCAGAGACAGCAAGGGUUGUUUAACAAGUUCGGUAAAGUUGUUUCAGAAAAAGAUUAUGCUGAAUAUAAAAUUGCUAUCGAGACACUUCCUGGAAAUGCAAAAUUUUUUGCGACAUCGAAAACAGAUUCUGAGGGAAAACGAUAUGUGCUUGAUAAUAUAGAACGAAUAAAUAUGUACAAUAAUCAGUCAUAUUGUGUAAAUGAUGAUAAACUAAGGCCACUAUGUUAUUGUAUGGAAUGACUAAAUAUUUUCCAUUGAAGUACUUGUACAUUUACAUUGACCAAACUUACUCACAUGCGAUUAUAGAAAACAUGUCAAUACUGCUAAAGGCGCGAUUCUAAAGUUAGUAAGUUGUAGGGGGUUCGAACCAGAAGAGCCUAUCUAUGAAAACAAAAGAAAACCAUUUACAAUGGACUAUCGUUUAUUUAGGAAAUUCAUACCAUGACAUUUAUAUUCUCUUGAAAAUAGAUUUUGUACCUUUUUUAAUUUGCAAAGAGAUUUUGGGACCAAAAUUCGAUUAUCUCUUCUUCUUUUUCUUCUUCGUUCGCACUGUGUAGUCGAUUAUUUCAAUUUCAAUCUGAUAGGGUUUCGGAAUGUCAUGGGAGGUAGCUAGAGUCAGAUUUAGGGAUCAUAUUUGCCGUUAUGUUCAAAGUCGUGGGAGUUCCCCUGUCUGCAUCACUACCGAUCCUACGCUUACAGCUAAGAGAUACAAAAAUGAAUGUUCAUUACAGGAAUAUGUAUGUUACGAGGUCCUGCAAAAAUUCUGUCAUUGUGUUCGAAUUUCUUAAGUGCUACGUUUUCUUAAAAUUAUUUUUUCACAUACACAUUUUUAUCUCGUGAAAAGCAGAUGAAUAGUCUUCUUUUCUUAUCUGUUUGAAACACUGAUACAUUGCGCUGCCAAGAGAACUUCAGGAUUCAUAUUUCUUUCAAGAAAAUAUUUUCUUAAGUCUUGGCAAUAACAAAAGUCACUGGGAGUUAGAUUAGGUGAAUAAGGCGUAUAGUUUACAACUUCCACCUUUUCAGAAGCCAAAAAGGACUUAAUAUCUUCGCACAAAAGUAAAUCACUUGACACAUUCAAAAAAAUCUUUAGACACUGUAUUUCAGAGACUUCGUAUCAUUGUUCUAAAUUUUUGUUUUCUAUGCGAUAGUAGCAGAUGAUAGUUUUUAAAUUUUGUUAAGGUGUUACAUUUCAACAUUUAUAUUUUCAAGGUUUGUUUAAUUAAAUGUAAUUGUUGGUACAGGCUCUAUGGGUAGGGUAGUGUGUAGUAUUUCUUUUUUUUUUAAAUAAUAUGUGAUAGCACCAUUAACCAGGGGGUUUGAAUCUUCUAUAUGCAGCCCGUCUGGGCGUACCAUGUAAGGCUUAAAGCACUCAGGUGGAAGGGUGUGGUCAUGACAUUUUGUAUAAAUAUGGCUGUUAAGAUUGUUAUUAUUAUUUUUGUCGUUAUUAUUAUUAUUAUUAUUAUUAUUAUUAUUAUUAUGUACAACGCCACUGAAUAUGUCAUUGUACAGAAAUAGGCGUUUAAUCAAAUUAGUCAGUUACAGUUUCAGUUUUUUUGCACAUUGGCCCUUUUUCGUUUUCAGUUAAGUAACUUUAAUUUAUGACAUGGAAUGAUUUAUUACCAUUUUUUUAUUUGUAGAAUAAAUACAAUACU